AUGAACGAUUCAAGGGAUGAGAAUAAUAAAAAUAAAAAAUUACUAUCAACAUACCAUAGAUUCAAAGGUUGCUCUCUCUUAGACCAGGAAUACACACUCGCAGACAAAAUUGGCCAGGGUACAUUCGGUGUCGUAUUCAAAGCGACGUCCAAGUCAACCAAGCAAGUCGUCGCUAUAAAGAAGAUCCUCAUACAUACAGCCAAAGAUGGUUUCCCUACUACCUCCAUACGCGAGAUCUCGUUCUUGAAACUACUCAAUCAUAGAAAUAUCGUUCAACUCGUCGAUAUGUCAUUCUCUAAAGAGAACUCAAAUCCGAUGUUCUACAUGGUAUUCCCUUAUAUCGACCACGAUCUCACCGGUUUAUUAGAGAGACAAGAUUUUAAUCCUUCUACUUCACAAAUAAAACUCUACAUGCUGCAAUUAUGCGAAGGUACGGCUUUCAUGCACGCCAACGGCGUUUUGCAUCGUGAUAUGAAAGCAUCAAAUAUUUUGAUAUCAAACGAUGGUAGUCUCAAAAUUGCUGAUUUCGGUUUAGCACGUAUUUGCCAUAAAUUACAACAAAAGAACUCCAAGUCCAAGUCGAGAAACUACACAAAUAUGGUAGUAACCAGGUUUUAUAGACCACCUGAGCUUAUACUUGGUGAGAAGAACUCUUGGGGUGAUUACGGACCUGAAAUUGAUAUUUGGGGUCUUGGUUGCAUAUUCGGUGAAAUGUUCACUCAUAAGCCAAUUCUACAAGGUCACACCGACAUUGAUCAGCUAAAACGCAUCUUUGAACUCUGCGGUGAUCCAACUAGUGAAUCUUGGCCUGGUUGGGAAACUAUUAAAGGUCAAUAUAGCAUAGAUAUAAAAACAUUCGGUUACAAAAAUGGUAACCUCAAAGAGAAAUUUAUGAGAUACAACAAUUUUGAUCUUUCAGCAUUGGAAUUACUCGAGAAACUCCUAACGAUGGACCCAAAGAGGAGGAUAUCAGCCAAGGAUGCCCUCAAAUUGGAUUACUUCUGGACAAAACCGUUGCCGAUGAAGAAAGAAGACGUCAAACCACUACCUUCAUCGCACGAGUAUGAUAGUCGAAAGCAGAUGCAAGCAAAGCAGUAUACUUCUACUCAGAAGGCAAGACCUCCAGUGAAUACCCAGAUGCAGCAACCAUAUAUGUCGCAAAAAAUGCCAUCUAGUGGCUCACAAUUUAGCUCAAGACCUUUACCUGCUUAUAGACCACCGGGAGGUCAAUUCAGUGCGCGACCUGCUCCACCAUCUGGUUUUAGGGGAUCACACCAGCGUGGACCGCGCCCACCAUCCGAUAAUCCGUAUGGCCGUCCAUCCACAAACCAGAUGAAUACCGCUCAAAAUCCACCUAUCAAUCCCUACUCUGCCUAUUCUCGUUCGUCUCACGGUAGACCGCCUGUGCAGGGGAGACCGUUCGGUAAUGACAGGAGAAGUCAACCAGCGCAGCCACCUCCACCUCGUUUUUCGAAACCUCGCGAUGAUGAUAUUGUCGUGGAUUAUGGUGCACCUGAUUAUGGGCCAUCAGAUGGCAGAAAACGUGAAAGAAGGGAACCAAGUCCGAGAAGAUCACUAGAGAGACCAGUAAAUCGUCGCCCAGAUGAAAAGAAGGAAGAUAGACGGUCAGAUGUGCUUCCAAAAGCUGAAAAUGGACAACCACCACCACCAAAACAGCUGCCUCCAAAGCAAAAUAUACCUCCGCCACCUGUCGAGCCGAAGGAUUCACCUGCGAGGUCUGGAUCGGUGCGAGAUUCAAAAGUGUCUUUGGUGCCUCCAGACAGUGCAGGCGAAGAGAGGAUGUCUAUUGAUCUACCAUCACGUAAAGAAAACAUUAACAGACCAGAAGAUCCUGCUGGUACAAGCCAGACAAAAGGCAUAGCUAGACGUCCGUCUAUGACGAAGAAUUCUGAGAGUCUGAAUCAACGUAGGGGGUCGAAGGAUAGCCGUGAUGACCGUGAUGAGUACUCAAGAUAUGACGCAAGGAACCCAUACGAUAGGCGAGACAGAGAGCGUGAUUGGGAUAGAGCAACAGAUUAUGGCAACAACUAUGAUUAUGAUUAUGAUUAUGACUACGAUAGAGGUGGGAAUUACGCGGAUAGCGGCUAUCAUCGCAAUGACAGAGGCUAUAGACCAAUGAACAAAAAGCCACGCUAUGAUAGCCGCGCCGAACAUAGACAUCAUCCUGAUAGCGAGUAUGCUUACAAGCAGCAGUCAGGACAAGGAGGAUUCAACCGUGAAAGAAGUCAUUAUAGGGGUGCAGGACCGCGUCAUGGUGGUAUAAGUAGGACACAACCUUACCAGCCAUAUCCAGAUCAUGAUCGAACACCUAUGGAUUUGCCAUCAAGGCCAACGGACUCUGGGAAUCCCGACGAAAAGGCAGUCAAUGAGAGUAGAAAUCACUAUACGCAUGAUAUACAACGCGGUAAAACUGAUAACGACGCUAACAAUACCAGUCACCGUAAUGAUGACACAUACACACGCCCGCGCGCUCAUACUAGCCAUACUGAGAGACAUCAAAAUGAAGAAGGCGAGAUAGCUCCAUAAGUUGCUUUCCUUAGAAAACAACUGUAAACCAUAAUAUUUGUAAUAGUUCAUAUUAAGUAACUUUAUUUUAUUUGUAGUAAGAAAACGACAAGUCAUAAGGAAUUAAAGGACAUAGCAUAUUUAAGAUUAUACCACACUAAAUUUAUUAGCAUCCAUGCAUUUAAUCAUUCUGCUUUUUUGAAAUUUUUCUAUACAAGUCGUUUCUGGAUUUCUUGAGCUGUUGAGGUGCCCUUUUGGAUAAUACCUUGUGCAGAGUUUGUGUCUACAUCUGCGAGUUUCUUUGCACGUUCGAUCAAACCUUCAACUUCUUUAGUGAGAGUGUCUAUAGCCGCGCUGUAUCCCUUCUCCCAUCUUCUUUGUGUCAAAUCGGCUAAAGCAUCUGUACCAACGAAGGCUUGCCAAGAUGCAAUACCGUUAUUUUUAAGUUCGUCUGCUAUUUCAUCUUUAAUACGUCUUGGUAAGCCCACACCUUGGUAUCCAAGCGCGGUGUAGAGUUGGACAAGCGAUGCGCCAGCUCCUGCAAACUUGAGAGCAUCCUUACCAGAUGAGAUACCACCACAUCCUACGAGUGGUACUUGACCAUCUGUUGAUAUGUACAACUCCUUAAGUGCCUUUACGGACUUCUCGAGAAGUGGUUUGCCGCUCAAACCGCCAACUUGAGUCUUGUUUUCCGAGGUCAAACUUGAGGGUCUGUCGAUAGUGGUGUUGCUAACGACUACACCAUCAAUUCCUACAUUCUUAGCAGCCAAUCCAACGUCUUCGAGUUCAUCACUGCCUAGAUCUGGUGCGACCUUAACGAGGAUAGGGAGUUUGUUUGAUAAUUUCUGACGUUCAUCUACCACACUUGAGAGAAGGUUUUCAAGUACGCUUCUUCUCUGCAUACCGCGCAAACCCGGUGUGUUUGGUGAGCUGACGUUGAUAACGAGCAUAUCGGCGAAUGGACCAAGCGUCUUGACACCCUUAACGUAAUCACUCACGUCAUCCGCACCUGUCGUCUUGUUCUUGCCGAGAUUCAAACUGAGGAUCCUGCCAUUACGUAGCGAGCUAGGCAAGCCAAAGUGAGUAGUAGCCUCGUUGGCGCUGAACAAACCUGAUUGUAAAAGUGUGUUUGUUGUCUCUGUAUCCGCGUUACUGGUGAUGAACUUUCUCAGUCUUUGUCUCAGACGUGCUAAUACUGUUAAGUGACCGACGGAGUUGAAGCCGUAACGAUUGAUGACUGCCUCAUCAUCCUCUAAUCUAAACAUACGUGGUUUGUCGUUUCCUGA